AUGGAUCUACCUGUACCCGUAUACCCUGAACCCAGUCCUGUACCUGUAUACCCUGUACCCAGUCCUGUACCCGUAUACCCUGAACCCAGUCCUGUACCUGUAUACCCUGAACCCAGUCCUGUACCCGUAUACCCUGAACCCAGUCCUGUACCUGUAUACCCUGUACCCAGUCCUGUACCUGUAUACCCUGAACCCAGUCCUGUACCUGUAUACCCUGUACCCAGUCCUGUACCUGUAUACCCUGUACCCAGUCCUGUACCUGUAUACCCUGAACCCAGUCCUGUACCUGUAUACCCUGAACCCAGUCCUGUACCUGUAUACCCUGUACCCAGUCCUGUACCUGUAUACCCUGUACCCAGUCCUGUACCUGUAUACCCUGAACCCAGUCCUGUACCCGUAUACCCUGUACCCAGUCCUGUACCUGUAUACCCUGUACCCAGUCCUGUACCUGUAUACCCUGAACCCAGUCCUGUACCUGUAUACCCUGUACCCAGUCCUGUACCCGUAUACCCUGAACCCAGUCCUGUACCUGUAUACCCUGUACCCAGUCCUGUACCUGUAUACCCUGAACCCAGUCCUGUACCCGUAUACCCUGAACCCAGUCCUGGACGGGUCCUGUACCUGUAUACCCUGUACCCAGUCCUGUACCUGUAUACCCUGAACCCAGUCCUGUACCCGUAUACCCUGAACCCAGUCCUGGACGGGUCCUGUACCUGUAUACCCUGUACCCAGUCCUGUACGGGUCCUGUACCUGUAUACCCUGAACCCAGUCCUGGACGGGUCCUGUACCUGUAUACCCUGAACCCAGUCCUGUACCUGUAUACCCUGAACCCAGUCCUGUACCCGUAUACCCUGAACCCAGUCCUGUACCCGUAUACCCUGAACCCAGUCCUGUACCUGUAUACCCUGUACCCAGUCCUGUACCUGUAUACCCUGAACCCAGUCCUGUACCUGUAUACCCUGUACCCAGUCCUGGACCCGGGCGGGUCCUGUACCCGUAUACCCUGA